UUUGCAAAAUAGUCGGCUUUUCGUCGAAAUUAAAAAAGUUUUGUACAGAUUUAACUACAAUAAUAAUAGUAUAAUUUUUCCGGAAUUAGAAAACCAAGAUGUCGUUUCUGGAAGAUACACUUAUCAUAUUAAUCUCACAAACAAUUUUCUUCGUCGGCGGUUGGAUAUUUUUCGUAAAGCAGCUGUUCCGUGAUUAUGAAGUUCAUCAUACUUUAGUCCAGCUCAUAUUCUCAGUAACAUUUGCGUUGAGCUGUACAAUGUUCGAACUUAUAAUUUUUGAAAUAAUAGGCUACUUAGAGUCAAGUUCUAGAUACUUCCAUUGGAACAUGGGCCUCUAUUUCUUGCUGUUCAUGGUGAUCGCUCUUAUUCCCUUUUAUAUUGCUUACUUCUGCAUUAGUAAUGUGCGAUUUGUGUCGAAGAACAUGAUAAGGCCAUUGACGCUUAUUGUUUGGUUCAUAUACCUAUAUUUCUUCUGGAAAAUUGGAGAUCCAUUUCCUAUUCUCAGUCCAAAACAAGGAAUAUUUUCAAUAGAACAAGGUGUGUCUCGUAUAGGAGUGAUAGGUGUUACAGUGAUGGCAUUACUAUCUGGAUUUGGUGCGGUGAAUUAUCCAUACACCUCGAUGGCUAUAUUUAUAAGGCCCGUUACACAAUCAGAUGUUUUAUCAAUAGAAAAAAAACUUCUCCAAACCAUGGACAUGAUAUUGGUAAAGAAAAAGAGGAUAGCAUUAGCAGAGAAUAACAGUAUGGGCCGGAACCAAUACAUGCUAGACCAGUCUAAUGUGAAGAAUAAAGGGUUUUGGACAAAUAUAUUGUCCAGCGUUGGAAGUAUUGCUAACCCGUUGGGUCAGGGAAGUGAGAACAUAAAUCAACUACGACAGGAGAUAUCCAGCUUGGAGGAGUUAAGUAGGCAGCUAUUUCUAGAGGCACACGAUGCAAGAACAAUGAGAGAGAAGAUAGAAUGGUCUAGAACGUUCCAGGGGAAAUAUUUCAAUUUCCUUGGCUACUUCUUCUCAUUGUAUUGCAUCUGGAAGAUAUUUAUUUCAACGAUCAACAUAGUGUUCGACCGAGUGGGCAAGAAGGAUCCCGUGACUCGUGGGCUCGAACUUGCCGUACUACGACUGGGAGUGGAUAUUGACGUGGGCUUCUGGUCCCAGCAUGUGUCCUUCCUAUUGGUGGGCUGCAUCGUCCUCACCAGCAUACGGGGAUUACUGCUCACACUCACCAAGUUCUUUUACAAAAUAUCGUCAUCGAAAUCUUCGAACAUAAUCGUCUUGAUACUCGCACAAAUAAUGGGAAUGUAUUUCUGUUCGUCCGUCCUGCUGAUGAGGAUGAACAUGCCUCCGGAGUACAGGAUAAUAAUAACUCAGGUUCUAGGAGACUUGCAGUUUAAUUUCUAUCACAGAUGGUUCGACGUGAUCUUCCUCGUGAGUGCUUUGACGAGUAUAUUUACAUUGUAUUUAGCUCAUAAACAACCAUCCGUUAAUUAAAUGUUAAUAUAGAUUAAUUUAAAAAGUUAAACGUAUUUGUACAUUUAAAUGUUCAACUGGUCGAUAUAAAUAAGAAAAUUAUUACAUUUAUUUUAGAAGACUUUAGUUACAUUGCCGGGCAAUCGUUUUGUUUCUUAAGAGGUUUUUUGGGCAUAUUCAAAUCUCUUAAAAUAAUGGCGAAUUCUGUAUUGCCAGCACCAUGAAAUGUGUGGAUUCAUAUUAGGUGAUAUAAUCUGUAUACAGCAUUUGAAAUAUUAUCCUCGGUGUAACAUGUGCUAGUCAAAAAAAAACCGGCCUAUCUCUUGAUAUCUGACUCACACGUUGUUCGCUUUCCUUUUGCGACCUUUACUGUUUAAGUAUAAUGAUUAUUCGCAGAAGACAGCUUUGUAUGAUGUAAGAUAUAUUCACGAAAAUGUUAAAAAAUUUUGGGAAUUGUACCUCCAGAACAAAAAUAAAUAUAUAUAUUUUUGUUUUUGCACACAGUACAAAAAAUAAGCACUUUAUGCCAUUUAUAUAUAAAAUAUAUGUGCUAGUAUUGCAAGGAAUAAAAUCGGUGUUAUUAGUUAUUCAUACAGAACUCCUCUGAUGGCAGGCUUGACCCCCCCCCCUCCCCCCUGACACGGGUACUAUAAGAAGUACAAAUCACACAUACACAUGAACCGUCACUGCCAACCAUGGGAACUAAUAUUAUAUCACAUUCACACACCCUUAAAACUUAAAGUAAUGUUAAACGGUACAAUAAUUUUAGUUGAUGGCAAUACCAGAUGGCAAUACAUCUCCCUACCACUUAAACUUAUUAUAUAUUUUGUUACUUACAUAUUUCUAUAUAUCUUUAUUAAUUUAACUUGAGAAAUUUCUCAGGUUUACUUAAAAGUAUUAGGAUAAGAGAUUACAAGAGAGUCAUCAGUCAUGUAAAGACUAAGCGGGAACAUAGUGAUUAAGACUGACAGACUAGUGUUUAAGUAUUAUGAUUAUGUUAAGAUAAAGAUAUAUGUAUAUAUGUGUUUAAUUAAAAUGAU